ACUAGAAGCGACCCUAUAAAUUCCCACCCCCUCCGCCCCUUCUCUUGCGCCUUCUUUCUCACACAUCAGCAAUGCAAAACCCUUUAUGACGUUGCCCCUUAAACAUUGACAAACCUGCACAAACACACACAAACACACACAGAUAGAGAGGGUUGUAAUUGUAUAGAUACAUCGUCGUAUAUCUGAUUGACUGAUCAUUUGAAAAGUAAUUCCAGCUAUGUCAAUUCGGUUCAAAUUCAGGAGUUCGGUGAAUUUUGAUACGGCGGAGAUUGGAAAUCGUGACUCAAUUUCCGUUGGAGAGCUGCGGGCGAAGAUUUUGCGAGGAAAAUCUUCUCAGCAACAACAGCAAGGGUUUGAUCUCGUUUUCUCCGAUGCAGCUACCGGUUUAGAGUACAAAGGUGAUGAUUCUCAAAUUCCAAGCGGAUCCAGCGUGAUUGUUAAGAGAGUUCCUGGUGGAACCCUGCCACCACCGGCUGUCUCACCCGUUCAAGUUGUGAAGAAUGUUGUGAUGAAAGAGUCCCAUAAUCCGAAUCUAGCUAAUGAACCAACUGGCGAAUUUGAUGACUUAGGCGCUGAUUUGUGUCUCGUUCCUGAUUCGACCUUCCCUGAUUUCAAUCAUGGAUCUUAUGAAAAUAACUUAAUGGGUAACAAGAAGGAUAAUGUUGCUGGACUGAGGUUAGAAUGUCAAAAGCAUGGUUCAAGCGACCCCAAUCAAGCAAUACCAAGAGGUUAUAAUCAAUCUGGUAUUGAGAGGGUAGUUGACGAAAAGAUGAAGUUAAACAAGCUCCCCACAUCCAAUUUCCAGGCCAUGCAAAGUACUAAUUUGCCACUAGAAUUGAAAUGUGCACUGUGCAGUAAUUUCUUCAGGGAGGCUGUGAUGAUACCUUGUUGCCAGCACAGCUUUUGUCAGAAGUGUAUCCGCCAAGUGCUUCUUGGAAACGGGUUUUGCCCAAAGUGCUUUUCCAGCAAAUGCAAUGUCGAAGAUCUGCUACCAAAUUUGUCAUUGCGUCAAGCAAUUGAGCACUUUCUUGAAAAUCAGAUGCUUGAUGUUGGUCUAGAGAAUGAUGCCAUGGAGAAAUAUGUGCCAGAUGGAGAAUCUGGAAUUCAAGCUAAGGAUGUUUCAUGUGCUUUAACUGUUGCCCAGAGGGAACUAGAAUUGCCUCAGUCAACUUGUGGAACUGGGAAUGGAUACAAUCGACUUUAUAUACAAGCUCCCUAUGAGCAACAAUAUCAAAGAAACGUACCUUAUGGGAACUCUGAUAAUAGAGAUAUAAAAUCUUUUGUUGCACCAUCGGCAGAUUUUCAGGGAGAAAAUCAACCUGUAUUUACUGAAGCUAAUGUUCACGAUGAAGCUGAUUCUAACACCAAACGAAAAGCGGGCUUCUACAUUGACACUGGAGGUGGAGAUAGAAACUUUUUGGGUGUUGGUGGAUAUAGAAAGGGAGCCCGCAAUUGCUACACAUGUGGUUCUCCAGAUCAUCUCAUGAGAGACUGCCCUAUGUCCCAUCAGAAUCCCAUGUUUCAGCCAGGUAUUUUCAAGUAUUUAUUUGUAUUAAGUUACAUAUGCAAAAUGCUUAUUUCAUUAAUCAUUUUAGGGAAUGGAUUGUUUCAUGGAGGCAUGCCAGGCUAUGCACCACCGUACUGGAAUGGUUCUUCACUACCUCCUUUUAGACCAUAUGCAAAUAUGUACAAUAAUCCAGCAAUGAUGCAGUUCAAUGCGUCCAUGGUCCCAGUCUCACCAUAUCCUGUUCCUCCCUACAUUCCUUCCAUGCGUGGUGGUAUGCCUGUACCUGGUGGAAAUAUGAGAAUAGGAAAUAUGGCGCCUCCUCGCCCGACUGACCACUUUGGGCUUCAACAUUGUGAAAAUAAAAGGAAGCUCUCAAAUGAAAAUCUUGGAAGAGAACAACUUUCCGACAACGAUGGUGAUUCUCCAGAAGGCUAUAGGUAUAACCCGCCAGAAAAAUCUCAUGAUUAUAAAUUACAGAAAGACAAGGAAGCAAGCAUGAGUCACUCCGAUGAAAGAUUGGGAAGAAAAAGUCAGCAUGACAAGCAUACUCAUGCAGAUGAAAGACAUGAGAAGAGCUCACACCCUUCUUAUGGUGGACGAGAAAAGAGGCCAAGCCAUGCGGAGAGGUCAAAUUCUGGUAAAGAAGAUUUAUCUAGAAGCUCCGAUAGGCAUGGUGAGGGGAGGCACAACAAGCAUCAUGAUGUAGAGCCAAAGAAGUACCAUGAGAAAAGGGGGCAAUAUGACAGUGAUUCAAGUUUGGGUCAUCACUCGGCCCAAAAAGAUGUUAAAAGAAGAGUCGAUUCCGAUUUUAAGGGUUCUCACAGAAAACAUCGCAACUUUUCAGGCUCUGGUUUUGAGCCCAGCUCACCUGAACGGAGGAGGGAUGGAGGUCAUGAUUCUAGACAUUCCAGGCACAGUACGAAGCACUCGAGAGAUGGACAUCAUGCUGACAGGUGGCAAACGGCGAAUGGCUCUGAUGAGGACUACAGAGAUGAAUACCGUUACCGUAAGAGAAGAGCACAUUGAAACAAAGACUCGGGCAUGAAUUUUGUGGUGAACAUAGAAUGAAGUAUCGAAAAUGGACUUUGGUGAUCCUUCCUUUUAAAUAGGUAUUUUGUAUCAAUUUGUAGUCAUAGAUGUAUCUUAGUCAUAUUAAAGAGUCUUCUCAAUACAUAGAGGUUGAUACAAGUUAAUUUUAAUACAUUUAGGUCGAAUAAGGAUUCUCUAACUUAAAAAUUGCUACUACAGGUAGUAUAGAUUGGUUUUCCUUUUUAUGAAUUUGACAUGAGCUGGUAGUUAAUUAUCUUU